CGCUCGCGGGGACUGCCACGCUCCGUGCGGUCCCCAGCCCCGCGCCUGCCGCGCCCUCACCCGCGUCGCAGAGCCGCCCAUGGCUGACUUGAGUUUCAUUGAGGAUGCAGUCGCCUUCCCCGAGAAGGAGGAAGAUGAGGAAGAGGAGGAGGAGGGCGUGGAGUGGGGUUACGAGGAAGGUGUUGAGUGGGGCUUAGUGUUUCCUGAUGCGAAUGGCGAGUACCAGUCACCUAUCAACCUGAACUCCAGAGAAGCCAGAUACGACCCCUCGCUGCUGGAUGUCCGCCUGUCUCCAAAUUACGUGGUGUGCAGGGACUGUGAAGUCACCAACGAUGGACACACCAUUCAAGUCAUCCUGAAGUCGAAAUCAGUUUUGUCAGGAGGACCGCUGCCUCAGGGACAGGAGUUUGAACUGUAUGAAGUUAGAUUUCACUGGGGAAGAGAAAACCAGCGUGGUUCUGAGCAUACGGUCAAUUUCAAAGCCUUCCCCAUGGAGCUCCACCUGAUCCACUGGAAUUCCACGCUGUUUGGCAGCAUCGAUGAGGCGGUUGGGAAACCCCACGGCAUUGUCAUCAUUGCACUGUUCGUCCAGAUAGGGAAGGAGCAUGUUGGCUUGAAGGCUGUGACUGAGAUACUUCAGGAUAUCCAAUACAAGGGAAAAUCCAAAACAAUUCCAUGCUUUAAUCCUAACACUUUAUUACCAGACCCUCUUCUGCGGGAUUACUGGGUCUAUGAAGGAUCUCUUACUAUUCCACCUUGCAGUGAAGGAGUUACCUGGAUAUUAUUCCGAUACCCAUUAACUAUAUCCCAGCUGCAGAUAGAAGAAUUUCGAAGACUGAGGACACAUGUUAAGGGGGCAGAACUUGUCGAAGGCUGUGACGGGAUUUUGGGAGAUAAUUUCCGACCUACCCAGCCCCUGAGUGACAGAGUCAUCCGAGCAGCAUUUCAGUAGCCAGAGAAACCUGAAACAAGCCCAUCUGCAUCAGGGAAGAAGACGUUGGUCCCACAGAGUCCUUUGAUGAGGAGUGGAAACUCUUGAGCGGCAGCUUCCUGUUAACCUUCAAGCCUGCAUUAUCUUCAGUUACUGCGGCUUUGAUGGAGAUCUGUGACCAUUGUCUGUAUACAUGCUGUUAUGAGAUAUUAGAAGUGGCUGUUCACUAUAAAGAAAAUCAGUGUGCAUGCACACACCACAGCUUCUGGAAUUCAUACUUUUGCACAUACUGCCUGUUGCUUAUGUGUAGAAAGAAUGAAAGUAGUUUUCAGACUUAUUAAUGUGACUGUAUCAUAUUAUCAAUAUGAGAUAAGAAAAACACGUCUCCAGAGCCAAGUCAUUUAUUUCCUUUCUGUAUUAGAAAAUAUGCUCACUAGUGUAUUUCUUGAUAAUAAAGUGUUUUGAUCUACAA